UCAACCAAAAAGAAACAAGUAAUUGCGCAUGUUUUCACUGACACUAUUCCCACCAGGGCCACAUGAUAUGACAAAAUUAUAAUAAUGAUUUGGCAUUAAUGUGGGCCUUGAUCGAAGUCAAAGGCAAUUUAAAAGAAAAAACCAUUCAAUGCUCUAAACGUAAACCCCUCCAAACAUAUCUUAUUCUUCUUCUUUUUUCUAACAGAGAAAGGAAUUAAUUAAUGAGAAGCAAUCCAUGGCCACUUCCCAUGAAAACCCAUCUCCGUCAUCAUCUUCAUCAUCAGUUGUGGUUGUGAUGGUUCCAUACCUAGCUCAAAGCCACCUCAACCAGCUCCUUCAAUUCGCCCAUGUCGUUUCCUCAUACAACAUCCCAGUCCACUACGUUAGCUCAACACCCCAGAUUUCACAAGUAAAAUCUCGUGCCUUAAACCCCCUUCACCAAUUAACCAAAAUCCAUUUUCAUGGCUAUGAAAUUCCAACUUUACCAUCCCUACCUCAAACCACAGAUCCUUGCUCCAAAACCAAUAACCCCGAAGACGAAAUCCGCAGGAACAAAGCGUCCAAGCACCUCCGUGAACCGGUUACCGCUCUCCUCAGAUCACUCUCACCAAACGCCAGACGACUUGUCGUUGUUUAUGAUGUCUUAAUGAGUUGGGUAGUUCAGGAUGUCGUUUCUCUGCCAAACUCAGAAUGUUACUCCUUUCAUUGCGUCUCUGUGUCUUUUGGCUUAGCCGCAAGUCAAAAAUUCAAUGUCCCAAUAGGACAUUUUCCCUCAUUGGAGUCAUGUUACCCAGCUUUCCUUCUAGAUGACAUAGCUUCCCAACUGAAACUUUCGACAUCAGAUUUUAAAGCCCAAUCGGUUCACAACAGUUGCAGAGCCAUUGAAGGCUCUUCAAUAGAGCUUUUAGCAAACGACCAAAGCAAGUUAAACCAAAAGAUAUGGGCAGUUGGGCCCUUACAAACGACAACAGACUCUAAAGUGUUGAGAGACGAAGACAAGUGCUUAUUGGAGUGGCUUGACGAACAAGAGGCAAAGAGUGUUUUGUAUAUCUCUUUUGGUACGGUGACUACUUUAUCUGAUGAGCAGAUUAAAGAGAUUGCUCUUGGUUUGGAGCAAAGUGGGGUGAAGUUCAUCUGGGCAUUGAGAGAUGGAGAUGAACUAGAUGAUUUGAGAAAUGAAAAAGAAGGCAGGAGAUCCAGUCAAGUUCCAGAUGGGUUUGAGGAAAGAAUGAGGGGAAUGGGAAUGGGAAUGGUGGUGAGGACAUGGGUACCACAAGUAAAGAUUUUGGAGCACCCAUCUACAGGUGGGUUUAUGAGUCACUGUGGAUGGAACUCUUGUAUGGAGAGCAUUGCAAUGGGAGUGCCCAUAGCGACUUGGCCAAUGCAGUCGGACCAACCAUUCAAUGCUUUGCUCAUUACAAGGGUUCUCAAAGUGGGUGUGGCUGUAAUGGAAUGGGAGCAAAGAGAUGAGUUAGUGACCUCUUCGAUGAUCAGUGGUGCUGUGAGGAAAAUAAUGGCUUCAGAAGAAGGAGAUGAGAUAAGGAAGAGGGCCGUGGAAAUGGCUGAAGCAGUAAAACGAUCUGUCGAGGAUGGAGGAGAUUGUCGUUUGGAGUGGGACUCUUUCAUUGCUCAUAUUACCAGAUGAUCUUUCUUUUGUCGUUUAUAUUUUAUCAAAUUGUAUUGUCGCUUAUUAUUAUUAUUUUUCUGUAAUGUUCGUUUCACUUGUGAUUGUUUAUCUUAUUUCAAGGCAUUGAUUCAAAGUGAUUCAUCUCUAGAUAUUUAAUCUUGAGAUUAUUAGAUUGCUUCA